GCUCAGUUCCUGUGGUGGUUACUUGCGCACCCACCUCACGCCCGCCUGGCCGUCGCCAGCCUCCUCUCUGUCUCGCUCGUCCGCCUGGCUUCAUUCCUCGCGCUGCGUCCUCCACCCGCAUCGGUGCGAUCAUUGUGCGAGGCUUCCCCUAGAAGAUAUUCCUCCUCAUUCAGUGGAAGGAGCAAGCGGAGCAUUGUCUGGCUCAUCACUAUUACUGUCACUAGGAUCCCCUUGCCAUCUCACCUCUGACCCUCUCUCUCUUCACAGGCUCUCGCUCGCGCAUGCCCGCGCUCCCCCCCCCCCCCCCCCCCCCCCCGCUAAUUUGCGUUCUCAGUAGCAGGAGAGUGCGUCUCUAGAUUCGUCCUCUCGCUUCCCUGGAGUCUCCCAGUUCGGGCCACGCCAGUCGAACAUCCCCGAGUAAGAGUAGCUAGCGGCGUUCGUUGUCGCAACUUCCUGUCAGAGCAGUUCUGUGACAGUGGGAAGGAAAGUGGCGGGAUUUCUACAACGCAUGUGUGAAAAUUGUGUCCCAGGGCCCCGGACAGGACCCAGUCUUCUUCCGGCUCAGGUGUCGUCCGCAGCCCAUUUCGCUCCAGUAUCGAGUUAGCGUGUGGGUGAAGGUCGCCGGUAGUCGUGUGGACUCGCAGGAGUGUGCAAUCUCCGUUCUAGAAGGAGCGCCGUGUUACGAAAUUACUCGCUCGAGCUGCGUAGCGUGGUUUAAGCGGUCGAGCUUCUAGCAGCUGUUCUGUGUGCAAUAGAGACGCAUUAUCUUGUCAUCUACGACACCCCAAGGAGUCCUGGAAGGUUUUCGAGGUGCUGGAGGUCUGGCAGCGGAGGAAACCGGCGUAUGGUGGGUCAAAAAGUCUUGUAGUGCAGAGAGUUGACACAGUUGGAAUUGGUUUCUCAAACUCCCGCGCUUUCUGGCCGAGAUACAUUCUUGGCGUGGACGCCCGAGGUGGUAGUCGCUUGAGCACUCGAACAAAUACAUCGAGCUGAGUGUGGCCUCGCAGGUGGUUCAUGCGCAUUUCGCCCUGGUUCUGACUGGGCCGCUCGUUAGCAUUACUCCUGGGUUCCAGCCGGGGGAAGGACGUCAUUACUGGUAGUGAUUGAACUCCUUGUGUUGGGACGAAAAUCAUAUUCUGGGGUCCGGUAGUUCCUCUGGCUCAAGACGCAGGUAUGGCUCCCGCGCAUGCGGGCUGUCCUUCCAUGCUACCCAGCUCCUCCGGUGCUUCAGAGUCACAAGGACGCAACGGAGCUGAGUCGGAGGACAUGAGUCAACAGGACACUUGGGGUCUCAGCCAUCCAGUUUUGCGGCCCAUUCGAGUUGGUCGUACUUCAGCUGCGCAGACCUCGUCGUCUGCAGGUGCGGACUUUCGGGCGGAUGACUCUCCGAGUUUACUCCUUUCGGAUACCUUCUCGUCUUCAGGCGAGGAGGAGAACUGUGGCAGCGACGGAUGCGAGACCCCGAAAGCCAAGAGGCACAGAAUACCUGAAACAACUGGUUACCCUCCGGCUCCGAGGAAGCCAAGAGCGACUUCGCGAAGGAGAGUGAAGCCGUCAAGUUUUUUCAGUCCUCCUGAUUUCGACUCAUUCCUACCGUAUCACAGGUCGAAUCUUCUUCUACGGUAGUCAUUCUCACACAGCGGAGCGCUCCCGAGCCCUUGCGUCCACGUAGUUUCCGGGCAUGCGCUUCCUGUUUUGUAACUUUCACUUGUGCAUACUGAAGUCCACCUUCUAUCCCUGGCUUUUGGCCCCGUUCUACAUUUUGUGGAAGAAACAGUCUAAUCGUCGUUUCAAAGUACCAAAUGCUACCCACCGUCUGCAAACUGGGCCGCCGAAGGUGGUAGAGACUGAACGUGUUCCCUGGAAAGGAUCUGUUACGGAAGAAGCGGCAAAGAUGAGAUAGCGGGAAAAAUCCCACAGGAGAGUGCACCAUACCGAACUUCAUCGAUCAACUGAAACCAGCCGUCCUUGUUCAUACUGAGGUUAGAUAUAUAUUUAGUUCUGCGGGGGACGAGCUGGUACGAUUGCAGAUUAGUCUCUGGCCAUUCCAGAGUAUGCUGCCACUCUCCACUAGUCACCAGUCUGUUAUAAGCAUCAUGCUAGUCCCUCCUUUGCGAGUAGGAAACUUUUUAUCUUUUAGCUCAUCGCACAGUCUCGGGUUCUACCCAGGUGCGAAACCCAGGGGCUUCGUCACUCUGGGUUUGUGUAUUACUAUGUACGGAAUUUUGUUACGAAAUUUUCCAGUCUUUUGUG